UAAUUCAGAAAGGGAUAAAAUAAAAAUAAUAAAUCGACAACUCGUUUGUCUCAUGUCAGUCGGUGGUGAUCAGUUUGAAAAUCUCAGGGAGAAUGACUACCGAAGGGACUCAAUCUCCUGGUAAAAUCCUGUUGGCAGCCUAUUCUGUCAAUCAUGUCAUCGUACUUUCAGUCACUGGAUAUGUCCUUUAUCUCGCUGGAUGGGAACUAAAUGUGACUAGUCUACAUGUUGGACUCUGCACUGUGGGAUACGUUUUGCUAAUGUCCGAGGGACUGAUGGUGCUGGCAUCGGAGAAUCCCUUAUCACGUCAAUUAAAUGGAUACAAGACAAGAAAUCACGUACACUGGUGUCUUCAAAUAAUUGGUGGAUCCUUGAGCAUCGCUGGUACUUUGAUCAUGUUUCGGAUUAAAAAAAAUCACUUCAAAUCCAUUCACGGUAUCUUAGGUAUAACUUCGGUAGCAAUAAUGAUUUUUCUUGGCAUCUCUGGAGCAUCUGUUUUUUAUGCGUACCAACUGCGGAAGAUUUUAAAACCUGUUGGUACUAAAGCCAUGCACUAUUCUCUCGGUAUUUCUUGUUUUAUUAUCGGUAUUGUAUCCCAGUGUUAUGGAUACAAUAAAAAAUGGAUCACUGAAAAAUCUUCCCAAGAUAUUGCCACAUUUUGCAUUGUAUUAACUGCUACCUCUGCUUUAAUAUGUCUCUAUCGACCUAUCGUAUCGCUGUAUCGACAGAUUUCUGUUUUUCUCUUGAGGGGAUGAAUUUUUUAUAAAUAAUCCACAGGAUGAUAGAAUGCCUGGAUAAAUAUUUAUAGAUUCAGAGCUGAAUGUCGACUCGGGACUUUUUAUGAAACGUUCUGGUAUGCGCUGAACAGAUUUAUUUAUUUUCAUAAAAUAUACAUUUGUUAGUGAUAAGGGAAUUGUUAUUUAGUGUCAAAAAAUUGUGAGUCUAAUUUUAAUUGAAUUCAUUUAUUUCAAUUAUUAUAAAUUAUGCAUUUGAUUGGUGAGUGAAUAAAUUUAUGGUGGGAUAUCCACGUUUUAUGGAA